CACUGCAGUUUGUCAAUAUUGACAAUUUGACAUGUCGUAUUCUCAGCCGGCUCUUUUGAUUUGUAAGUAUAACCUGCAAAAUGUUGUUGGCAGGUAUGCUGUACGGCUAUUUCGAAAAACUGAAAAGGCUUCUUGUGAUCAUGGUGGAUUACAAUCAAUGAAUGCCGUGCACCAGCCCAAGGUUAGUAUCGCAAGGUAUUUUUCAACUCUUGGUACCACAUCACUUACAAGAUGGUCAGUCAUCAACCAGUUGAAUGCAAGUUUUAAAAGCGAACGAUUCUAUUCCAAAGGGAAAGAAAAAGGCGACAAAAAGAAAAAAGGUCCAGUUCCUGUUAAUGAAAGUGAAAUAGGAGAACUUGUUAAUGUCUCAAGGUUAAAAGAAGAUCUUCAAAAAGGAUUGGAUCAACUCAAGAAUGACUACAUGAAACACUUGUCUUUGCGUUCAGCUUCUGGGUCAAUUGAGAACCUUCAAGUAGAUUUUGAAGGAGAAACUUAUACACUUCAAGAAAUAGCACAGAUUGGAAGGAAGGGACCUCAACUAAUAGUAGUCAAUUUAUCAAGCUUUCCAACAGUAAUGAAAGAUGUCCUAAAAGCUCUUAAUGAUUCUGGUAUGGGCCUGAAUCCACAACAGGAUGGGACAACAAUUUUCAUCCCUGUUCCCAAAGUUACGAAAGAAUAUCGUGAAAGUCUUGCCAAAAAUGCAAAGACUUUGUUCCAGAAAUUUAAGGAUCACAGCCGAGACGUACAAAACAAAUACAUUCGGGAAGUAAAGAAAAAAGAAAAGGAAGUUUCUUCUGAUCUAGCACAUUCUGUUCAGCAACAAAUUCAUAGCAUGGCUGAGCUGUAUGUUUCUGAAGGCGAAAAAGUCAUGAUUGCUAAACAAAAUGAGUUAUUGGGGAAGGAUUAAAAUAUCUUAAUUGUGAAAUAACUGUGCCAUGCUGUCUCCACCUGUAACUCAUUUUCUUAGUAAGUAUAAUCUCUGAACAACACUA